AUGCUUAACCAGCCAUUGCUCUGCUCUUCAAGAACCACCGCUCAACCAACACUCCUAGCUUCGAUUUUCUCCGGCACCGGCAACUAUCCCGGACGCACUUCACUUGCCGGAAAUUUCUCUCGCCGUGAUAUCCGGUUGGAGUUUAGUAUGCAAGCAUCUGGAAGCAAGUCGAGUAAUAGUGGCCGUGGAAGCUUUAGUGAGACAAGAGAAGGCUUGACAACUAAUGCUAAUGCUUAUGGGCGUGCUCAAGGAGAGGUGCAUAAGGACAAAGCUUUCAAAGUGAUGGAGGCCAGACCAUCGUGGGAAAUUUCUCCAGGCCAAACAUUUCCGUUGGGUGUAUCACAAGUCGACAACGGGAUCAACUUUGCUAUUUUUUCACAACAUGCGACUGCUGUCACACUUUGUUUGGUCCUUCCUAAAAGGGAAAGCAUUGACACACUGGAUGGUGGUAUGAUAGAACUGGCUUUGGACCCUCAUUUAAACAAAACAGGGGACAUUUGGCACAUAUGUAUUGAGGAUCUUCCUAGGAGCAAUGUUCUGUAUGGGUAUCGGAUAGAUGGAUCUCAAGACUGGGGUAAGGGGCAUCGAUAUGACAGAAGCAUUGUGCUUGUUGAUCCUUAUGCAAAACUAGUUGAAGGUCGGAGAUAUUUUGGGGAUACUAGCAAGAAGUUGUCUAAGUUUCUGGGCACAUAUGAUUUUGACAGCUUGCCUUUUGACUGGGGACAGAAUUAUAAGCUUCCAAAUAUUGCUGAGAAAGAUCUUGUUAUAUAUGAAAUGAAUGUCCGUGCAUUUACAAUGGAUGAAUCUAGUGGGUUGGAUAACAAUAUUCGUGGAAGCUAUCUUGGCGUGAUUGAGAAGAUCCCACAUCUUCUAGAGCUUGGUAUCAAUGCAGUGGAGUUGCUGCCUAUCUUUGAGUUUGAUGAGUUGGAAUUGCAGAGGCGUCCAAAUCCUAGAGAUCACAUGAUUAAUACGUGGGGUUAUUCAACAAUAAAUUUCUUUGCUCCUAUGAGUCGCUAUGCUAGUGCUGGAGGAGGACCAGCUAAUGCUUCCCAAGAGUUCAAGCAAAUGGUUAAAGCCUUGCAUUCUGCUAACAUAGAGGUUAUUUUGGAUGUUGUCUACAAUCAUACUAAUGAGGCUGAUGACCCCAAUCCUUACACUACUUCAUUUCGUGGCAUAGAUAAUAAGGUUUAUUACAUGCUGGACGACAAAGGACAAUUGCUGAACUUUUCUGGCUGUGGAAAUACAUUGAAUUGUAACCAUCCUGUGGUCAUGGAGCUAAUUCUUGACAGCCUAAGACAUUGGGUCACUGAGUAUCAUGUUGAUGGAUUUCGAUUUGAUCUUGCAAGUAUAUUGUGUCGAGGAACUGAUGGUUCACCCCUCAAUGCUCCUCCACUCAUCAGGGCCAUUGCUAAGGAUGCAGUCUUGUCAAGAUGUAAAAUUAUUGCAGAGCCUUGGGACUGUGGUGGUCUCUAUCUUGUUGGAAGUUUUCCUAAUUGGGAUCGAUGGGCUGAAUGGAAUGGGAAAUAUCGCGAUGACGUACGGAAAUUUAUCAAGGGUGAUUCCGGUACCAAGGGGAGCUUUGCAACUCGUGUUUCUGGAUCUUCUGAUCUUUACAGAGUGAACAAGCGCAGACCAUACCAUGGUAUUAAUUUUGUUAUUGCACAUGAUGGAUUCAGUUUGUAUGAUCUUGUUUCAUACAACUUCAAGCACAAUGAAGCUAAUGGGGAAGGUGGAAAUGAUGGAUGCAAUGAUAACUUUAGUUGGAAUUGUGGUUUUGAAGGUGAAACUGAUGAUACUAGUAUAAGAGCUUUGCGGUCGAGGCAAAUGAAGAACUUUCAUUUGGCAUUAAUGGUUUCUCAGGGAACACCAAUGAUGCUAAUGGGGGAUGAAUAUGGCCAUACUCGCUAUGGAAAUAACAAUAGUUAUGGACAUGAUUCUGCCAUUAAUUUUUUCCUGUGGGAUCAGUUGGAUGCAAGGAAGGGUGAUCACUUUAGGUUUUUCUCCAAUGUGAUAAAGUACCGGCAUGGACAUAAAAUAUUCAGUCAUGAAAAUUUUCUCAGUGAGAAUGAAAUAACAUGGCAUGAAGACAAUUGGGACAAUUAUGAAAGCAAAUUUCUUGCAUUUACGCUUCAUGACAAAAGUGGGGGAGACGUCUAUUUAGCUUUUAAUGCUCAUGACUACUUUUUGAAAGUUCUGCUUCCCGCACCCCCAACAAAGAGAAGGUGGUAUCGCGUGGUGGACACUAAUCUUGAAUCUCCUGAUGACUUGGUCCUUGAUGGUGUUCCCGGCAUAGGAAAAACGUACAGUAUAGCUCCAUACUCCUCCAUUCUUCUGGAGGCAAAGUUUUGA